AUGGCAGAGGUAUUGUCGGCUUGUAACGGCGUCUCCUACCUCAUUUUCUCGGGUGUAGCUGUGCUUUUGAUUGAGCGCAUGGGUCGCCAUCGCAUGCUUCCUGAUUAUUACUCUGCUGGUUCGACCAGUGAUAACGGUAGUGUAUACGACAAUGCCUCGGUCGCCUUUUUCUUCCUGUACUUUGGGGUAUUUGGUACUGGUAUGCUGGGGGCAAAGGGUGCUGCGGCCAAAACUGCUACCGGCUGCCCUGGAGGUAUCCUCUACUUCGACCUAGAGACGGGUACAUCUAAACACUCUCCCUCGUCUUUCAUUGUAGCCAGCCGGAGUGAGGCUCUUGAUGCCUCUGAUCGCACCAACCCAUCGUUGAUCGUUUCUGGAGACCCGGAGGCCAUCUGCCAAGAACGCCCGCAGAAAUACUCUGAGCGCGAAGAUGAAGAGUUCAAGAGAGUGACUGGCAGGGCAAUCCCUAUCGACGCGGCAUAA